AUGCGGUUGACAGUUGUACUAGCAGCAGUGGUUUUAUUGCGCUCUCCCCCAGAUGGCGCUAGCAUGCGUACCUGUGAAACAGCCGCUCGGAAGAUAGUACAUCGGUUCUAUCCAUUGCGCCACUGUCAACGAUCCAAUCGCACCGUCAUCGGUCUGAGGAAUGUAAAAACAGUGCGCGAGUGCGCUGACUUUGCUCGUGACAAACAGGGACUGGCGUUUAACUAUGCACCGGUAGAUCGGAACAGCAGCAAUUGGUUUGAGUUGGUGAAGGAACGCGAGCAGAACAAAUCUGCCGUACCGCCAUGGAAACCGCAACCGCCACGCAUUCCGGCCAGCUCGUUUGGGUUUGACGAUUUUUACAACUGCCAUGUGCUCGAUUGUCCAGAGUAUCGUAAUCUUUCGAGUAUUGUAAAUGAUACGCGAUUCGAUUACUACACUCUUUAUGCAAGAACUUUGCCAUCUGCAAAUACCACCUGCAUACCUUCGAUCGGAAUGUUCCUGUUCGAUGAGACAAGGACGAACUACUCGUACGCAUACAACUCUUGUAUCAGCGCUGGCGGUAGCUUAGCACACAUUGCUAGCGAUGCUAGAACGUUUCAUCUAGCUAAGUAUAUUGCGAACUUACCGUUGGGGAACAAUGCCACGUUGAACUCCUCCGACACCACCACAAUUGAUCCCAUCUUCUACGUGGGUUUGAAUGAGACGUUAAAGGGUCGAUUUUUCACCUCCGCCAAUGAACGCCUUGAUUGCUUCAUCUUUCGAGCUUGGGCUCCUGGACAUCCAGACCGUAACCGACAUCCUCCCAGCUGUGUAGCACUAACCGACGAAGGUUCCUGGAAAACUUUUAACUGCAACCGAACAUUGCCUUAUAUCUGCGAGCUUCAUACCUCGGGACCAGCGCUGUAUCAACCAAAGCUCCAACGCAAAUGCUACGUCAAGCGCCCAAAUAACAAAAUUGCCCCGUCCCGUCGAGUGACAUAG